GACAAUUGGCCUUCGGGGCCUGCCUGUCCCAAACCUAGGAAUCAUGUUUGCUGACAUGGAUUAUGAUAUUGAGGAGGAUAAACUUGGCAUCCCCACAGUUCCCGGGACCGUGACACUGCAAAAGGACUCACAGAACCUGAUUGGGAUCAGCAUUGGGGGAGGGGCUCUGUACUGUCCCUGCCUCUACAUUGUUCAGGUAUUCGAUAACACCCCUGCAGCCAUCGAUGGCACUGUUGCAGCUGGUGAUGAGAUCACUGGCGUCAAUGGCAAGUCGGUUAAGGGGAAGACCAAGGUGGAGGUGGCCAAGAUGAUCCAGGUGGUGAAGGGAGAAGUGACAAUUCAUUACAACAAGCUUCAGGCUGACCCCAAGCAGGGCAAGUCCUUGGACAUCGUAUUGAAGAAGGUGAAACAUCGGCUGGUUGAGAACAUGAGCUCAGGGACCGCUGAUGCGCUGGGGCUGAGCCGUGCCAUCCUGUGCAAUGAUGGUCUGGUGAAGAGGCUAGAAGAGCUAGAGCGGACGGCCGAACUGUACAAAGGCAUGACCGAACACACCAAGAGCCUUCUGCGAGCCUUCUUUGACUUGUCUCAGACACACCGAGCCUUUGGAGAUGUCUUUUCUGUGAUUGGUGUCCGUGAGCCCCAGCCGGCAGCCAGUGAAGCCUUCGUGAAGUUUGCCGAAGCCCACCGCAACAUCGAGAAGUUUGGGAUCCGGCUCCUGAAAACCAUCAAGCCCAUGCUGACGGAUCUGAACACGUACCUCAACAAAGCCAUCCCCGACACCCGCCUCACCAUUAAGAAAUACCUGGAUGUGAAGUUUGAGUACCUGUCAUACUGCCUGAAGGUGAAAGAGAUGGAUGACGAGGAGUACAGCUGCAUUGCCCUCGGGGAGCCCCUGUACCGCGUGAGCACCGGCAACUAUGAGUACCGCCUCAUCCUGCGAUGCCGCCAAGAGGCCCGGACGCGUUUUGCCAAAAUGAGGAAGGACGUCUUGGAAAAGAUCGAGCUGUUAGACCAGAAGCAUGUCCAGGACAUCGUGUUCCAGCUGCAGCGUUUCGUCUCUACCAUGUCCAAGUACUAUGAUGACUGCUACGCAGCAUUGCGGGAUGCAGACGUCUUCCCCAUCGAGGUGGACCUGGCCCGGACCACCCUGGCCUAUGGCCAGAAGGACCUCUACACAGAGGAGGAGGAGGAGGAAGGGGCAGCGGCUUCAGGGGAACCCCAGGGACCCCGAGGCUCCCAAGAGGAGAAUGGCGAGAAGCUUAUAGACAUGCCUGAGUGACCUCCUACACCUCCAGGUGGGGCGCAGGGCCAGGGACAGGCGGGGAGGCCAGGAGGGGAGACGUGGACCGACUGCCUAAGGUGACUGAUAAAGACCCUCUGGUGUGGGGGCCGACAUCUCAUCUCUGCUCCUCUGUCCCCCAAGACCACUUGGGGAGCCCAGCCUCAGUUUCCCCCACUGCCAGACAGGAACCCCCAGGCAUUAUCCGUGCAAUGUCUCCUGCCCAGUUAGGGGGGAGAAGGGAAGGAGUGAAAAGGACCCCUCCCCAAGGGUGGGGGUGGGCCUAGGACCAGGCCCUGAUUCCACUUUGGAUCUCCAGUGCUUCACUCAGGGAGGGGCCUCCUCCCUUCCCUUCUGCCCCCAACCCCCUCCCAGUUUCUAAUCCUCCCUGGCAGGACACAGGAGGAGGUGGAGGCCGACCCCACCUCCCCCCCACUGCCAGGGGCCAGGCCUGCCUUCCCUACCAGCUGGGAGGGUGGGGAGGUGGCUUCACUUAGCUUUUCCCCACUGGGUCUCCUCUAGAGUGGGCCAGCCCCCCCCCUAGUUUCUACUGUGGUAUGGGGGUGACCAGACCUCACACUCAGGGGUGUCCCUUAUUUAUUAAGCUCUCCCUGCCCCUCUGCUUGUGCUCUGGGGCUCUGGUGCCUUGGGCUGGGGCGGGGGGAAGGGGUCCAAGGAGUGGGUUGGGAAUCCUGUACUUUAAUAAAGAGAAAGCUGAAAUGA